AUGGCAUCCUCGGCGCCCCCGUCUGCGUCUGCGUCUGCGUCUGCAUCGGCCAAGCGCAAGCUGCAGCCCACCGUCAUACCCGUCCCAAACGAGAACGACAUUCUCAAAAUUACCCCGCUCGGCGCCGGUUCCGAAGUCGGCCGCUCGUGCGUCCUGCUCGAGUUCAAGGGCAAGACCGUCAUGCUGGACUGCGGCCUGCAUCCCGCAUACACCGGCCUGGCGUCGCUACCGUUCUUUGACAUGGUCGAUCCCGCCAGCAUCGACGUCCUGCUGAUCACCCACUUCCAUGUCGACCACGCUGCCGCCCUUCCUUACUUCACGGAAAAGACUACGUUUAAAGGCCGCGUGUUCAUGACCCACCCUACCCGCGCCAUCUUUCGCUGGCUCCUGGCGGACUAUGUCAAAGUGAGCCAAGUGAGCGAAGACGCCCUGUAUACCGAACAGGAUCUCAUCAAGUCCUACAGCAAAAUCGAAGUCAUCGACUACCACCAGGAGGUCGAAGUCGAGGGCAUCCGAUUUACGGGCUACAACGCCGGCCACGUCCUGGGUGCUGCCAUGUUCCUGAUUGAAAUCGCCGGCGUACGAGUGCUCUACACGGGCGACUACUCUCGCGAGGAGGAUCGCCAUUUGAUGGCCGCCGAAAAGCCGCCCAACGUUUCCCUAGACGUCCUGAUUGCCGAGUCGACCUACGGCGUCCAAACGCACCAGCCCCGCCUGGAGCGCGAGGCCCGAUUCACCAAGAUGGUCUACGACAUUGUGCGGCGCGGCGGUCGAUGCUUGAUCCCGGUCUUUGCUCUCGGCCGAGCCCAGGAGCUGCUGCUGAUCCUGGAUGAGUACUGGCAGAGCCACCCCGAGCUCCACAACAUCCCGAUCUACUACGCCAGCAGCCUUGCCAAAAAGUGCAUGGCUGUCUAUCAGACCUACACCAACAUGAUGAACGAGCGCAUCCGCAAGCAGGUCAAGAUCUCGAAUCCGUUUCAGUUCAAGCACAUCAGCAACCUCAGAAGCAAGCAUGACUAUGACGACAUUGGCCCAUGUGUCAUGAUGGCCAGCCCCGGCAUGCUGCAGAGUGGUUUCUCACGCGAACUGCUCGAGCAGUGGUGCAUCAACAAAGCCAACGGCGUCAUCAUCCCUGGCUACGUCGUUGAGGGCACCCUGGGCAAUCAAAUUCUGACCCAUCCGGACGAAAUUGUAUCCAUGAGUGGCAUGAAGCUUCCUCUCCGCUUGACAAUCGACUACAUUUCAUUUUCGGCCCAUGUGGACUAUCUGCAAAACUCCGAGUUUAUCGAAGAAGUCGGCGCACCACAUCUGAUCUUGGUUCACGGCGAUGCCAUGCAGAUGGGCCGCCUCAAGAGCCGCUUGCAGAGCGAGUAUAUGGAAAAGGACAAGGAGAUCGUCAUUCACACGCCAAAGAACUGCGAGUCUGUCGAGCUGACCUUCAAGGGCGAGAAAAUGGCCAAGACGCUGGGCAAACUGGCAUCGGAUGAGCCUGCUGCCGGGCACGUUCUGUCCGGAGUUCUUGUCCAGCGAGACUUCCAGUACCAUCUCAUGGACCCCUCGGAGCUGGACGAGUAUACCGGGCUGAACACAUCGGUCGUGCUCCAGAAGCAGAGCAUCAAGAGCCGGGCGCCGUUUGGAUUGGUGCGCUGGCACCUCGAGCAAACCUACGGCAAAGUCGAAUCUGGAGCGGAUUCCAGUGCAUUCACGGUCUUCAACACCGUCAAGGUCAGGGAUGUGGGCGGUAGCAUCUACGUGCUGGAGUGGGAAGGCGGCGCCAUCAACGACAUGAUUGCCGAUUCGGUGCUCUCGGUGGUCGUCAUGGCCGAGAGCAGCCCGGCUUCCGUUAAAGGUGAGUGCGGCGUCGUACGCUGCCCCAUUUGA